AUGCUGUGCUGGAGCUGCCUGCUCUCUCUUUUGGAGAAGCUUUCCCGCAGAAAGCGAGUCCCAUCCAUCUCAGAGGGCUCCAGCCUUCACCGCUGCCUCUCCACCCUGGACCUCAUUGCCUUGGGAGUGGGCAGCACGCUGGGGGCUGGUGUCUAUGUCCUGGCAGGGGAAGUGGCUAAGGCCAGCUCUGGCCCCAGCAUUGUCCUGUCCUUCCUGAUUGCUGCUGUGGUGUCAGCCCUGGCAGGGCUGUGCUACGCUGAGCUGGGGGCCCGCGUGCCCCAGGCUGGGUCUGCCUAUCUCUACAGCUACGUGGCAGUGGGGGAGCUGGGGGCCUUCAUCGCUGGGUGGAACCUGCUGCUGUCCUAUCUCAUCGGUACCGCCAGCGUUGCCCGGGCUUGGAGUGCUACCUUUGACCAGCUCCUUGGCAAGAAGAUGGGGAGGGUUUUGGGUGCUCAUGCAGCCAUGAGCUCUGUGGGGCUGGCAGAGCACCCGGAUGCCUUUGCUGCUGGCCUGGUGGUUCUGCUGGCAGGUCUUCUUUCCUUUGGAGUUAAGGAGUCCACCACAGUCAACAAAGCCUUCACGGCUCUCAAUGUGCUUGUCCUGCUCUUUGUCACAGUCAGUGGCUUCAUCAAAGGUGACCUGAGCAACUGGAAGCUCAGGGAGGAUGACUUGCCACGAGCAGCUGUCCAUGAGGCUGGGAACCAGUCCAUGGCUGCCAACACAACCAGAGCCUUUGGGGUUGGAGGCUUCAUGCCUUAUGGUUUUGCUGGGACCUUGGCUGGAGCCUCUGCCUGUUUCUAUGCCUUUGUUGGGUUUGACUGCAUUGCCACCACAGGGGAAGAAGUGAGGGAUCCACAAAGAUCCAUCCCCAUGGGCAUCUUACUCUCCCUCCUCAUCUGCUUCCUGGCAUAUUUUGGGGUGUCUGCUGCCCUCACCCUAAUGAUGCCCUACUACCUCCUGGACACCAUGAGCCCUCUCCCAGCAGCUUUCCAGUAUGUUGGCUGGAGCAGUGCAAAGCACACAGUGGCUGUGGGGUCACUGUGUGCCCUGACCACCAGCCUCCUGGGGUCCAUGUUUCCCAUGCCACGGAUCCUGUAUGCAAUGGCUCGAGAUGGGCUCCUCUUCACACCUCUGGCCAAAGUCAGUCGCCGUCAGUGCCCAGUGGUGGCAACUCUGGUGUCUGGAGGGGUGGCAGCUCUCCUGGCUCUCCUCUUUGACCUGAAAGUCCUGGUUGACACCAUGUCCAUCAGCACGCUGCUGGCCUACUCACUGGUGGCUGGCUGUGUGCUACUGCUCAGGUAUCAGCCUGGAUCCAGUGCUCAGGACACACCUGUGGGGAAGGUCCCAGCUGUACAGCUCUGGUGGGACCAUCUGGUCCAUCCUCCCCCGCUUCCUACCCCAUGUUCUUCCACUGUGGUGGCCUGGGCUCUGACAGCCAUAGCUGCCCUGGUCUGCACCGUGGGCUGGUUGAGCACUGCUGGGUGGCCCUGCCUCAGGGCUGGGGCUGCCUGGUGCAUCCCUGUGCUGGUUCUGCCUCUCCUGGGAAUCCUGGCAGCAGCUCUGCUCAUCUGGAGACAGCCUCAGAGACUGGAGAGAGCAUCCUUCAUGGUUCCCUGCCUGCCUUUCCUGCCACUCCUCAGCAUCACCAUCAACAGCCUCCUGGUGGCCCGGCUCAGCGCGGCCGCCUGGCUGCGCUACCUGCUCUGGAUGGUCACUGGUUUCCUCAUUUACUUUGGCUAUGGGAUCAGGCACAGUGCAGAGGGCUUCCAGCCCAAAGGGACAUUCCCCCAGGAGCUGCUGGGAAGCACGGCCAGGGAGGUGGCCCCAGAGCAAUGCAGGAUGGCACGAUGCCCAUCUGCUCUGGGCCAAUAAAAGGAGACAAGCAGGUCCCUGGGUGCCUCCCCCCACCCCCUUCCAUCCUGUGCCUGAGGGCCU